AAAUAAAUACUAAUUCUAAACAAGAAAUGCCAGUGCUUUACUUCUGUAGAGAGUGGUCAUGGGGAAGGUUUGAUGAGACUUAGUCAAGGCUGUGAAAGAUAGAGGAUUUAGGUGAGUUUGCUUGGGUAUUUUCUGAAGCCUUGGCACUCUGUGUAUUCACUGGGUUCUUUGUCCUUUCUAGAUAGAGCCACAGAAUGCACCAGUCGUCCUUUGGCUGCAAGGUGGGCCAGGAGGCUCAUCCAUGUUUGGUCUCUUUGUGGAACAUGGACCUUACAUUGUCAGCAAAAACAUGACUUUGUUUGCCAGAGACUUUCCCUGGACCAUUACGUUUUCCAUGCUCUACGUUGAUAAUCCCGUGGGCACAGGUUUCAGUUUUACUGACCAUGUCCAUGGAUAUGCGAUAGAUGAGGAUGACGUGGCUCGAAACUUAUACAGUGCAUUAAUUCAGUUUUUCGAGUUGUUCUCUGACUAUAGAGACAAUGACUUUUAUGUCACUGGGGAGUCUUACGCUGGGAAGUAUGUGCCAGCCACCGCCCACUACAUCCACAUACUCAACCCUGUGACGACGAUGAAGAUCAACCUGAAGGGAAUUGCUCUCGGAGACGCAUAUUUUGAUCCCAAGUCGAUCAUAGAGGGCUACCCAUCAUUCCUGUUCCAAAUUGGCUUGUUGGAUGAGCAGGAGAAAAAGUACUUCCAGAAGCAAUGCAAUGACUGCGUGAAAUUCAUCCACCAGGAGAAGUGGCUUCAAGCCUUUGAAUUACUGGACCGACUACUAGACGGCGGCUUAAUAAGCGAACCUUCUUACUUCCAGAAUGUUACAGGAUGUUCUAAUUACUACAACCUUUUACUGUGCACGGAGCCUGAGGAUCAAGGUUACUACGGGAAAUUUUUGUCCCUCCCCCAUGUGAGACAAGCCAUCCACGUGGGAAACCAGACUUUUAGUGAUGGAGCCAAAGUUGAAAAGUACUUGCGAGAAGAUACAGUCAAGUCAGUGAAACCAUGGUUAACUGAAAUCAUGAAUAAUUACAAGGUUCUAAUCUACAAUGGCCAGCUGGACGUCAUUGUGGCAGCUUCCCUAACAGAGCGCUCCUUGAUGGCCAUGGACUGGAAAGGAUCCCAGAAAUACAAGAAGGCAGAAAAAAAAGUUUGGAAGAUUCUUAAAUCUGAUCCUGAAGUGGCUGGUUAUGUACGGCAAGUGGGUAAUUUCUGUCAGGUAAUUGUUCGAGGUGGAGGCCACAUUUUGCCCUAUGACCAGCCUCUGCGAUCUUUUGACAUGAUUAAUCGAUUCAUUUUUGGAAGAGGAUGGGAUCCUUAUUGAUGGAUAAGCUGCUUUCCUAAAGGAGACCAUCAUGGCUUUUAAUCUUUGAAAAGAAAAUUUUCAAGAUAGAAAAUGUUACAUAAAGAAAAUUAUCUUUUUAAAACUGCAAAAUGUUCCUCAUCAAUAAAAAUUAUCCUUAAAACAAAUGAGGCUCUGUUUUGGGGGAGAGAUGGUUCAUUACAAAAUUAACUGUAAGAAAAUGUUGUGCAUGAGUGAGAAUUACAUCAUUUAUCUUAACGGGUACAAAGAAUGGAUUCUGAGACACCAAUUCAGAUAGAAAUGGAUAAAUAAAUGGGAUUUUGGGGCCUUGAAUAAGAAUUUUAAAUUCCUUCUCUAAUGAUGUGAAAAGUGCAAUAAAUGAAUAGAGUUAUAACCAUCUUGUUCUGUAAAUAACAGAAAAGUUUAUCAUACCAUGUAUCUGAAGGUGUUGCAUAAAUAUUAGAUAAGGACAUCUGAA